GCAAAAAAAAAAAAAAGAGAAUUGUAUUUUUCAUUUUCGAUCUAAAAAGUGAAAGCCUCUCGAAAUCUAACCUUUACUUUAGUCUUUAGAGAUCGCUUGGUGAUUCUUGUUUUUAUUUUAGUUAUUUUCUUGAUUAGUUCUUGAUAUGGAUCAGCAUCAGCUUCACCAGCUUCACUACCUCAACAAACAUCAUCACCAACUUCAUCCUCAAUCUCAAACGCCUGAACUAGCUUCUCCGGCUACAGGGGAUAGGUUUCCACAGUGGAGCGUAGAAGAGACUAAGGAGUUGAUAGCCAUAAGAGGAGAGCUGGAUCAAACUUUCAUGGAGACAAAGAGGAACAAGCUUCUUUGGGAAGAUGUCUCUAACAAGAUGAGAAACAAAAGCUUUCUUCGUAGCCCUGAACAGUGCAAGUGCAAGUGGAAGAACCUCGUCACUCGCUUUAAGGGAUGUGAGACAAUGGAUGAAGAGAUAGCAAAACAACAAUUCCCUUUUUAUGAUGAUAUGCAUAUUAUAUUUGCAAGUAGAAUGCAAAGAAUGAUAUGGGCCGAAUCCGAGGGAGGAGGGGGAACAAGCGGCGCAACGAGAAAGAGAAGUCAGUCGGAGCAGUUCUCUUCAGAUGAAGAAGAAGAGAACGUGAAUGAAGAGCUAGUAGAUAUCAGCAAUGAACCCAAAACCCAAAACCCGAAAAAGAACAUUGCAAAGAAGCGAAAAGGCGGUAUUAGUAAUAGUAGUGGUGGUGCUAAUAAUAGUGUAAGAGAGGUUUUAGAUGAGUUUAUGAGACAUCAGAUGAGAAUGGAGAAUGAGUGGAGAGAAAGAUGGGAGGCUAGGGAGAAGGAGAGAGCAGAGAAAGAAGAAGAGUGGAGAAGGAAGAUGGAGGAGCUUGAGAAGGAUAGGAUGGCCAUGGAGCGGAUGUGGAGGGAUAGAGAGGAGCAAAGGCGGUCGAGGGAGGACCUGAGGGCAGAGAAGAGGGAUUCACUUAUCAAUGCAUUGCUUGCAAAGCUUACUAGAGAUGGUUCUCUUUAGCUCUAAUGUUUUUUUAACGUAAGUUAAGUUGGUCUUUCUAUGCAUGUUUGAGGUGUAGGUUUAGUUAUUUGGUGGGAAUAGUUAGUAUAUUCAUGGGAAAAACUCGAUACUCAUAUUUGAGUUUUUAGUGGGACUUUAGGAAUAUAUUAACCCCACAUUCUUUUUCUCCAUGGUACUACUGAUUCUGGUUAAUCUUUUGGGCCAUGUUAUUUGCAUACCAUUUAAUCUCAAUGUGAUAAUGGUUUUCCAAGUCGGUCACCGACCUCUUAUGGUUCAUGAUAAACUAAAAAAUUUAA